GGUCCCAGGAAAAUUUUCCAAGUUUCCUUCUGAGGCAUUGAGUUGCUCAUCAGAGGACUUGUCUUGAUAAUUCAAUUAUUUAAUCUUUCUUUUUGAGGUGACUUUGUCUAAGGUAUAGAUAAAAAGAGGGAAAAAAAAUGUGUGGUAUUCUGGGCCUUAUUCUGGGCCAUAUCAGUGAUGACCCCAAUUUUCCAUGCAAAGCGGCCGUGACGUUACAUGAGGCCCUGUAUUAUUUGCAGCAUCGGGGUCAGGAUGCGUGUGGUAUAGCUACUUGUGCAGCUGGAGGGAGGAUAUUCCAGUGUAAAGGAAAUGGCAUGGCUGGAAAGGUCUUUGAUGAAGGAAGACGUGUCCAGGAUCUACCAGGCUCAAUGGGCAUUGGCCACCUCCGCUAUCCCACCGCAGGCUCCGAUUCCAGCGCCGAAGCUCAACCAUUCUACGUCAACAGUCCCUACGGUAUCUGCCUCGCACACAACGGUAACCUCGUGAAUGCGCGCGAAUUGCGGGAACAUCUCGACAAGGAGGCGCAUCGCCACAUCAACACGGAUAGCGAUAGCGAGUUGAUGUUGAACAUCUUUGCGAAUGAAUUAAACGAGACGGGUAAGGCGCGUGUGAAUCAGGAAGAUAUUUUUGAUGCACUUUCGAGGAUGUAUAAGCGCUGUCAGGGUGGUUGGGCUUGUACGGCUAUGGUUGCUGGAUUUGGUAUAUUCGCUUUCCGCGACCAAUACGGUAUCCGCCCAUUAAUCCUAGGAGAGCGUCCAUCGGAAACCCUGCCAGGUGCGACUGAUUAUAUGUUUGCCUCUGAGAGCAUUGCUCUACGACAACUCGGUUUCCGCAACCUUCGUGACAUUAUGCCCGGUGAAGCCGUGUUCAUUCGUAAAGGCCAAUCACCAGUCUUCCGACAGGUCGCAGAACGAUUGGCAUAUUCUCCCGACAUUUUUGAAUAUGUGUACUUUGCGCGACCCGACACCAUCAUUGACGGCAUCGGUGUGCACGCCAGCCGUCAGAAGAUGGGAGAUAAAUUGGCGGACAAAAUUAAGGAGAUCCUGGGCGAAGAAGGAGUGAAAGAAAUUGAUGCCGUUAUUCCUAUUCCCGAAACAUCCAAUCCAUCUGCUUUCAGUGUUGCACAGCGCUUGAAUCUUCCAUACCGCGAAGGGUUCGUGAAAAAUCGAUACGUCUUCCGAACAUUUAUCAUGCCCGGUCAGAGUGCGCGCCAAAAGGGCGUUCGAAGAAAAUUGAGCGCCAUCGAUCAAGAUUUCGCCGGCAAAUGUGUUCUGCUGGUCGACGACAGUAUUGUCCGUGGUACAACAAGCAGAGAAAUCGUGGCCAUGGCCCGCGAAGCCGGUGCGCGUAAAGUCAUAUUCGCCAGCUGCGCACCCCCUAUUACACACCCCCAUCUCUACGGUAUCGCAUUGGCAUCACCCGCCGAACUUAUCGCUUCUAACAAAGAUCGAUUCGCAAUUGCACAAAAUAUCGGCGCUGAAGAAGUCAUUUUUCAGGACCUUGAAGAUCUCAAAGAUGCAUGCAGAGAACUAUCACCGCCCAAGGGACCGCGAGAAUUCGAAGUGGGGGUCUUCUGCGGUAGCUACGUGACGCACGUCCCGGAUGGAUAUAUUGAGCAUUUGGCAGAGUUACAUAGUCAAAAGAACAAGAAUAAAGCGGCAGCAACACAUGGUGCUGUCCCUGGUAGCAGUGGGCCGACUGUGUUUGAUGGAGCGCGACGUGAGGAUAUUAGUCUUCAUAAUGUGGCUAAUGAUGCUACAUUGCGAUGAUUUGGUUGUCUUUGUACUUUUCGGUUAGUGGUGAGAUAGAUCAUGUUUACAUAGACAAAAAAUCUAGACAUACCGUUCAUC